UAUUACUCCAUCGCACUCGAGACGCGGAAGGGACUUGCUUUUGGUAGCAACCAAUCCUUCCCGGUAAUCAGACUGCUGCCUCGCCGAUCAACCAAUAUCGGCAUAGUGUCGCACGUUAAGGUGAUCUGACAGCCUUGUGGGGUCAAAUAUGGCUCUCGCUGGGCGAAGAUUAGCACAGGCGGCAGGAUCAGUCAUAGGAUCUCAAGCAGCUGUGUUUUGGAGGCAGUUUUCUAACCUGUCACGCGAAGUCGCACCAGCUGCGAGGCGGCUAGCUGCUGAACCUCAACAUGCAUUGAAUGGCGCCGACGGGAGAAUACAAUGGGUCUUUCUGGGGUCACCAGGAGCGGGAAAAGGUACAUACGCGAGCAGACUGAGCAAGUACCUAAAUAUCGCUCACAUCUCCACAGGCGAUCUGGUUCGUCAGGAGCUGAAGAACGGAUCGCCGAUCGCAAUCAAGGUGCAAGAAGUCAUGAAUCGCGGUCAGCUUCUUUCGGAUGAGAUUAUUUUCGAUCUUCUAUCAAGACGUCUGGAACAGGGCCUCGUUACAGGCGAAGGUGGCUUCAUUCUGGAUGGCUUUCCUCGCACAGCUGUGCAAGCAGGAGUCCUGGAAUCUAUGACACAGAUUGACUUGGCAGUGAACCUAACCCUUCGGGAGGAAGUGCUGGUUCAGAAGAUGCUGGGCCGUAGAUUGUGUUCAGAGUGUGGGGGUAACUACAAUGUGGCUAACAUUGACAUUGCUGCGAAAGAAGGAAAGCCAGCCAUUUUCAUGCCUCCGUUGCCCGCCCCAGCGGGUUGUGAAGGCAAGCUUGUCCAGAGGGCGGAUGACACAGAAGAAACAGUGGUUGCUCGUCUCAAAGUUUAUGAAGAACAGAGCAAGCCUGUGGAGGACUUCUAUAGUGAACGAGGUCGCUUGCUGGAGUUUGAAAUAACCGGAGGGAUCCCAGAGACAUGGCCACGCUUGUUAGAAACUCUAGGAAUUGAAAGCCAGUGUGAGGCACUGGCUAGUGGUUCUAAUUAGUGAGAUUAGGUGUAGCCUGUAGGGUAGCAAGCUAGUAAGCCAGCAGGACGAAGUGCCUAGGGCUGUCUUGAUUCGUCCACUCUUAAAUCCUUCACCAUCAGGUACUGCCUUACCUUCAUGGCUGUCAUGGCUGACUACAUGAAGAAAGAGGAGUGCACAAGCCAUAAGCAACACAU